CUGUGGCUGGCUUUAAAGGGGUAUUCUCCUGAUGCAGCUGUGAUUUCUCCAGGAAGAUCUUGUGAGAGAGCACGCCAGAGGGCCAGGUGGAAGGAGCAGAAAUGGCGGGGUCUCAGGGACUGCUGACAUUCAGGGAUGUGGCCAUAGAAUUCUCUCAGGAGGAGUGGGGAUGCCUGAACCACACUCAGCGGGAACUGUACAGGGAUGUGAUGUUAGAGAACUAUGGAAACCUUCUCUUCUUGGGCCUCAUUGUGUCAAAGCCAGACCUGGUCUCCUUUUUGGAGCAAAAGAAGGAGCCUUGGAGCCUGAAGAGAAAGAAGAGAGUAACCAUCCAUCCAGGUAAGUGGAAAUGA